UGUGCAGCGGCUGACCUGACGUGGUGGCUUUAAAUGGGAAAACCCUGUGUGCUGCUGAGGGAGUCUCCUUUAAAAAAUCUGCAUGGUGACAGACUGGUCCACUGCUGCCGGAGCCGGGCACCGAGCCUCCCAUCCCCGCCUGUGUGUCCAGCCCCGAGAGGGACCACUCCGCACGGACCAAAGAUGACCACUCUGUCCGAUCUGACCCAUGCCGCACCACAGGAACAGCGGUUUUUGGUGUUGUUCGACUUUGACGAGACCAUCAUCAACGUGAGCAGUGAUGAUGCUGUGGUGUGCGCGCUGCCGGGCCAGCGGCUCCCCGACUGGCUGAAGAACUGCUUCAGGGAGGGGCACUACAACGAGCACAUGCAGAAGGUCCUGGCCUACAUGGCAGAGCAGGGUGUGUCAGAGGACGGCAUUCGUUCGAUGCUGGAGAAGAUCCCACCGGCACCCGGCCUCCUCAAUCUCUUUCAGUAUCUGCAGAGCAACCAGCAGGACUUUGAGUUACUGGUGGUCUCCGACGCCAACAUGUACUUCAUCGAGACGUGGUUGGAGCAUGCCGGCGUGCGUCCCCUUUUCCGCAAGAUCUUCACAAACCCGGCCAGUUUCGACGCAACCGGCCAGCUCGUGCUGCUCCCUUUCCACUCCCACUCCUGCUCCCGUUGUCCUGACAACAUGUGCAAGCAGGUGAUCGUGCAGGAGUAUCUAGCGUACCGGCAAAAGGAGCGUGGUGGUGCACCCUACCAGAGGGUGUUCUAUAUCGGUGACGGGGCCAAUGACGUCUGUCCCUCUAUUGCUCUGGGACCCAGGGACACAGCCUUCCCCAGGAGGGACUUCCCCAUGCACAGGCUGCUGCUGGGGAUGCAGCAGUCGCAGGCCGCCAAGUUCAAGGCAAACGUGGUUCCCUGGGCCAGUGGUGAGGACAUAGUGGACUACCUGAAGAAAAUAAUGAAGGAGAGACGGGAUGUGUGUAACAUAGGGGAUGAAAGAGUGGAGCAGAUAUAGCAAAGGUGCACAGACAUCAGGGCUGGUGAGCAGCAGCAUAUGCAUGAUUUUACCUCAGCCACACGCGGUACAACUUCUUAAGAUGUAGCCAGUCAGUGUGAAUCUAUUUGAAUGUAAUGUUUUAGAGGAGUAGUUGGACAUUUUAGGAAAUACACCUAUUUGCUUUCUUUCUGAAAGUUUGAUGAGCAGAUCAAGUUCACACUCAGUAACUGGUGCCAGGAGCUGGUUAGCUUAGCAUAGCGCAAAGACUCAAGCUCACUAAAGUACUUUUUAGACAACUCUGGAAACUUUCCCAAAAAAAUUGGGUCUUGAUAUUUUCUGGAUCUUGCCUUUCACAUGUGAGGAGCGCUGCAGGGGAUUAUCUGGGUCAGACACAUUCCCUAACACCAACAACAGGCAAGAACAUGCAGGGGGCCGGACAUGAAUUCCUUUGGGAAGGAAAAGUUUGGGAAAAUGUCUGAAGCAUCUGAUGUUUGCAUCCUUACAUAAACCCCCUCCGGAACCCAGUGCAUGUCUAAAGGGAUUUUAAUUCACACGACACAUCUCUACCAGACUCAAGAACUACGGCAAAUAAACCCCAAGAGAAACCCCCCUGUUUCCAGUGUUAAUGCUAAGCUAACCAGCAGCAUCAUGCAAGAAAAAGAUUGAGCAUAUUUCCAAAAUAUGUUAGCGUUCGUAUAGAAAACAUCUUAAUUAUAUGGGUAUUAAGUGCUUGGUGGAAGUAGGUCCAGAAACAUGACUCCUAUUGUAAUGCAAAUAUGUGAGAUCAGUGGUUAAGAUGAUCAGGAUUAAUUCAGUAUUGAUGCACUAAUAUUUGAAGCUAAAGUUUGAUCAAAAUGCUGAAGGUCCUCCUUCUAACUAUAUUGUAGAGGGAACUAAAUCCAGCGCAGUCGGCUCAUUAAACACACCGCCCCCUUGGAUAUGAAUGCAAUAUACUUUGCAUUUUAACACCUCACUGUGUCUGACAUUAAGCUGUGGAAGUCCAAGGUCACGUGCACGGAACCAGCGCCUGGAGAACAACUCCCAAAGUGGAGGUUCUCCGUGUCAACAGGCUCCUUUUCUAAACACUUGACACUUCGUCCGAGGCCUUGACGACGGACGCAUGAGUGGGAUCGAGUGUUGUAGCGCGAUCCGGGACAAAAGACCACGCAUGUUGAGUCAGGCGGGGACAAGGAUGGCGUAGAGGGGGGAUAAGGUGACAGAGACUCAGGCAACACUGCCUGUACCUGCACCCAGCCAGUGCUGAUACCUAAUCUAGGGCUUGAUUAUACAGCAGUAAUCUACACCAGCACGUGAUCCAAAGGGAAAGCUGUAGCCAAAAUGUACGCCUGCACUUUGUCCCCACUGUGAUACCCUCUGACUCUGGAACAAUGAAAGAAAGUAUCAUGCAAAGAACCAAUUGAUAAAAUAGAUUAUAAAUUUGGUUUGUGAAACCAGUAGUUAGCAAACACUGUUCUUGUAUCCUAUUAAAACAGUGAGUAUGAGUAUUGACAAAAGGUUGUAUGCAUUGGGGAGGAUGUAAAUUCUCUAAAAAGUACUAUAUCUUCUUUAUGUUUGAAUGUAUUCCCAGUUAAAUUAGAGUUUUAUGAGAGAAAGGUAUAUAUUUAGUAAACUCAACAUAUAACCUCACUGAAACUCACAACAGGGACUGAGAAAUGUAUUUUAAAAUAUGAAAAAAGAGCAGUUGUAUUCACUGAGUCUGUUUUUAGCAUUUUAUUAUUCUGUUCAAAUUCAGGGAUUAGUGGAGUAUUGUAUUGCAGGUGCUGUUUUCAUUUUUCCAUCGCAUUUAAAAUUGAGAAGGUCACUCAGAUGGCACAUACCUCCGCCAAGGCCCAACAGUCCCCCUUAAAUUCACCAGAUCCAGAUUUUUAACCGCACCCGCUCGUAGAUAUUAGUCCCCUUAACAUGCCAGGUGUUUUUUUUCGUUAAGCUCCAUGAAUUAUUCUCGGAGAAAUCAAGGGAACUGUUGCAACACUCCCAACGUACAGCACUCCGUCCAGUACAGUUUGUGUAAGAGACGGACGAAUGAAGAUGAAACCAAAACCUUGGCGGAGAUGAUAACGGAUCUAAAUUCCUGCACGAGUUGGGGCAUGUCUCCAUUUGGAAUUGUUCUAUCUAUUUGAAGUUUUAUUCCCUGUUAAUACACACAUAAGUUAUCAAUCACUGACGAUGACUGAAGGGCAGAGGUAUAAAUAAUCGUAUAUAUCUAUGUACAUCUUUGUCAAGCCAUUACAAUCAACAAUAAGAAACUUCAAGCCUUGAAAAACAACAUUAUGCUGCGUAAGUGCUGAAAACGUUUCCUUUAACCAGUGUUUUAAUUUCUCAGGGAGUAUUAAAGAAAGUGUUAGCAAGCAAACAGAAUGGUAAUAAUGUAUAUUUAUGGAACUGUGAUUAUUUGCAGUUUUAGAUUCGCUGCUCUAAGAACAAAGUGUCUGUUCGUGAUUGAAAAUCAAUGCAGCUGCAGGAGUUUGAGCCUGAAACUCUUGGAGAUCUAAACCUGCUGUAAUCCACUCGUUCUCUGUGAUUAGGAGACUUGAGUUCUGUGAUCUUUGCUCCCUCUGAUGCUGGAAUUACUGAAAAUGUAACACAGGUACUUUAAGUUCAUUAUCUGGUGAGACUUCCACGGAGUUUUGUGCAAUAAUUAAAUGCUGUGUACAUGAUAUGAUGUAAAAGAGAUUUAACAGAAAGAAAAAUGUCACAUUUGACAUUUUCAGGGAUUUGAAAUGACCCCACAUAACCAAACUACAGUGUUUUACAAUACAAAUUUAAAAUAACAACCAAAUUAAAGUAGGACAUGUGUUGUGACGGUAGGUCUCUGAUUAUUAUGCUAUAUUUAGCUUUUCUUUUCGUGGUUUGCUGUUUCUUUGAAGUUUUUACUUUUAAUCAAGACUUGGGGUACAUGUGUAAUGCAUCAUUGUAUCAGGAAUAUAAAGCCAUUAUCUGAUUCACCUUG